AUGAGGUUUGAACUGCUCGGCUGCAAUCCCGACCAUUGCUCGGGCUCCAUCACACCAAGCUCCGCAGAGUGCCCCGAUCACAAUCUCCGGAAGUUCGUUUUUGACAAGAAGAAGAUCAUCACGUCGAUGCGGAUCACCCUGUCAGGUCCGGCUACCGAGCAGACGCCCACGUUUAACGUUGCCUUUGCCAGGGCAUGCAACUUCGAAAUGGGUCAGUUCUUGAAGGAGAACAACGAGCUGAAGGAUUUUGAGAUCCCGAACGGUGAAAGCUCGCUAAUGUUAGAGGGACCGGGGUUCCCUAUCCGCUCCCAGUGUAUUGCCGUGCUCACUCGCUUUGAGACCGGAAACGCCCACGCGGAUGGCCUGCCGAGGGCGAGAAAUCACUUGGUGGCCAUGGAAACAGACGGGUAUCAAGUGACAUUCGAAGGCUGCAAUGCCUUGGCGCCGCAUGAACGUAUCGAUUCGUGUGGCAAUACCCACAUUGUGAAAAACGACGCUAGGAAGCGAAUUGUAGGCGGCUCGGCCUUACAUCAAGGAGAAUGGCCUUGGUUGGUGUCACUUCAAUUAUCGGCUGCGGACAAUGACUCGCAUGUGUGUGGAGCGUCACUUAUCUAUCCGCAGUGGCUACUCACCGCCGCGCACUGCAUCAUAAAUACAGAUUAUCCGGGGAUCGAUCUGUUGGACACAACAAACUGGCGUGUGGUACUCGGGGAGCACGUGCAGGAUCGAGAGGAAGGCACGGAGCAGAAACAUACCUUGGACAAGAUAGUCACACACCCUAAGUAUUUGCUGUCGUCGGACGAUAAGGUGUUCUAUGAUAUCGCCUUACUAAAGUUGAGCAGGCGUGCUCACAUGUCCGAGUACGUGAACACCAUUUGUAUAGACCCCAAUUACACUGCGCCCGAUCACAGCCACUGCGUCACUGCAGGCUGGGGAGACAUAGUUGAAGGUGCGAAAACGGGCGUGGAAAUACCGCACCAUGCGAGUGUUCAGAUAAUACCCAAUUCCGUCUGCGCCGAACGCCACAGUGCAACUCCGGAACAAAAACAUCUCAUGGGCUCUCUUAUUUGUGCCUCUUCUCAAGGCAGGGAUUCCUGUCAGGGCGACUCGGGCGGUCCGCUAGCGUGCUUCCAUGACGGCCACUGGAUCCAGAUGGGCGUGGUCAAUUCAGGCACAGAUUGCGCCGGCAACCCACUGUCACCCGGGUUCUACACGCGUGUUACUCACUUUUACGACUGGAUGGAGGAUGUCAUUAAUUCGAACUGAACAACCAGUGCACUUGGAACACACCGUUAGAAAUGUUGGACAGCUGAAACAAUAUAUAGCCCUCUAUUAUAUUUAUUCUUUGGCGUAUAUCUUCUCGACAUGACAUAUCAGUAUAAUAUCGAAUGUAAACGUUUCAUCUCUUUUGUAUUAUUAUAUACAAGCAACUUAACUAAAGGGUAUAGUUAUAUCUUGUAUUUUCCCCGCAGUAGUUCACUAAACAGGGAUUUCGAUGUCCUCUUUUACUCUGAUCCUCUAUGUCAUUGUUGACGUAUAUUAGAUAUAACGCAACAUUUUCAAUCUUAAAUAUUGAAAUGUUGAUGAUUUUAUGUUACAAAUAUUGAGUUCACAUCCAUUGCGGUCAUGAACAGUGCUCACGAGAUGCGAAACUGUCUGCCUCAUGAGAAGCUAUUACCGAUUUGUAACAAAUAUUAUU